GCGACGUUCUGGUCUGAAGAAGGAUCCCGACCCGAAACAUCACCAGUCCAUGUCCUCUAAAGAUGCUGAUUGACCCGCUGAGUUACCCUAGCACUUUAUCCUUUUUGUUUGCAAAACCUAAUCUCUGCUUUUCUCGGGACCCUAACAAUUGCAGUCUCUUAUUUCCCCAUUAACUCCUCAAGCAGAAUAAAUGAAGUGUAAUGGUAGAUGGUGGAGGGGUGAUUAAAACUAGGAGACCGGGAGUGGGGAGGGAUGAGCACAAGGAAGAAGGGGAUAAUUAGUUGCACAACGUUCCCAGUCGAUAAUUUGUUUCUUGUUUAUAUAAAGCUGACGCAACUCCGCCUCCUCCCUGUCACCAACCCUCAGCGGCGAACCAUUAAUCUCCUGGAGCAGAAUAAAUGGAUUGCGACAGGGCGAGGGGGGAGCGAUGAGCAAUUUGCAACGUUAUUUACUGCUGCUGCUGCUGCUGCAAACCAAAGGUCGCUGGCUCGCCUGGUCUGUGCUUUUAAGGUGGUUUUUCUAUUGCCCACACCUUGGUCAAUUCAAAGAUCUUUGGUCAAUACAAGGGGGACGGUGACGCGAGGAGCAAAAACAAAACACAAACUAGAUGUUUUGGGGUGAGAUGCAGCAGAUGUGAGUGGGUUGCAUUGGUACAGAGCUCUGCUGCUGUCCGCACGCUACCUUAAGACCCUGGGGGCGGACUUUGAUCCCCGGGACCGCUCUCCCUCUCUCUCUACGCCAGCUCCAGUCAUGGGCGACCGCUAUCACAAGGCGGCCCGGGACGGCUACUUGGGCCCGCUGAAGGAAGCCACCAGAAAGGACCUCAAUGGCCCGGACGAGGACGGGAUGACUCCCACGCUGUGGGCGGCUUUCCACGGCCACUUGGAGGCUCUACAGCUGAUUUGCAGCCGGGGAGGAGACCCGGACAUGUGUGAUGUCUGGGGCAACACGUGCCUGCAUCACGCCGCCAUUAACGGCCACCUCCACAUCCUCUCGUUCCUGGUCAACUUUGGCGCCAACGUGUGGGCUCUGGACGUGGCGAGUCGCUCGGCGCUGGAGGCGGCGGCGGGGAAGGGCCGCAUGGAGUGUGUGCGGCUGUUGGACGGGGCAGUGCUGCGGCAGACGGCCGACAACCCGCGGCUGGCGACACGGAAGAGGGAGAGGGCGAGGAAGGAGUGCACCAGGCGGGCUCGGGAUUGCGAGCGGCUCCAGAGGAAGCAGCAGGAGCGGAUGAACAAGCGGCUGGGCCGGGACGAGGGUGCGGGGGUCAGCGCCGGGGCAGCCGAGGGAGACGGAGCCGAACCCAGUCUCCCCGGGUCGGGCAGCCUCACCCUCGCCUCCUUGCUGAAGGGAUCGCUGCACAAGAAGCUCGGCAAGAGGGGGACCGGAGGGAAGAUUCCGGGUGCGCGGCCCGGCAGCGAUGUCAUCUUCGCGGGGCAGGCGGUCGCCGUCUCUCCCGACUCCGGGCCCAUCCAGGGCGAAGAUCCCGACGACCGGGAAUCGCUCUUCAAACGUCCCGGAUUGGGAAACAUGCUCUUCAGGCGCAACUUCGGCCCGGGCUUGAGCGAAGAGCUGGAUGACAUUGGAUCCCAGACCCAGCCGGCUCUCCUGGAGCUUGGAGACAGCGAGGAGGACCAGGAGGUCCUCGGCGAGGAAGAGUUGGACGAGCUGCCCUGGAAAGAGCAGGAGCUGGGACUGGACGAUGAAGAUGUGGAGACCACCCCUCUCGAGGUCUUCCUGGCCGCCCACAACAUGAGCGAGUUCCUGCCCUCUCUGGUCCAGGAACACAUCGACCUCGAUUCCCUCAUGCUCUGCUCCGACGUGGAUCUCCGGACCAUCCACCUCCCUCUGGGGCCCCGGAAAAAAAUACUCUCAGCAGUUGAGAAGAGAAAAUUAAUUCUGGAAACUAGCUGCGAGCUGGUGGACACCAUGUUGUAAGUCUCGGAUGUGGAAGCAGAUAGCUAGUAGAGCUGCUGCCUCACGGCGCCAGAGACCCCGGUUUGGGGACUGUCUGUGCGGAGUUUGCGUGUUCUCUCUGUGAUCGCAUGGGUUUCCUGUGGGUGCUCGAGUUUCCUCACAUAUCACAAGUUGUACAGGUCCAUACGUUAAUUGACCUCUGAAGAUGCCACAAAGUCACCUAUUCCUUUUCUACACAGAUGCUACCUGACCCACUGAGUUACUCCAGAUCUUUGUGUCUUUUUUUUGUACACCAGCAGCUACAGUUUCACUGUGUUUCCACCUAUCACUUGCCACCUCCUGCCCCACCCCUUCCCCUCACAUCUCUACCAUAUUUCUCCGCGCUACUCCAUCGCUCCAAAGAAGGGUUCCGACCUGAAACGUCGCUUGUCAAUUUGUCUCUACAGAUGCUGCCCGACCCUCUUGAGUCGAUCCAGCAAGUUGUCGCUCCGCGUUCCGGCAUUUACUGCCUCGUGUGUCCAGUCUAUAUAAUACGUGUGAUGUCAUGUGACUGUUUCCAGAUCCCAAUUUGCAUCUCACUCUGACCCAGCCUCAGGGACAGAGAGGGGAGGAACCGUCCAUUCCCUCCACAGAUGCUCAGUGGCCCGCUGGGGUUAUCAGUUGUUUGUUUUUUUACACAUAGGCUGGACUGGAGACUUUUGGUUAUAGGGAGGUUUCACGGCAGUCGGGUCACGACCCAUGACCCGUACUGUUGCUACGCUACUCCAAAUGGAUUACACGCGAUGUACUGCAGGUAGGCACUUACCAUUGUUUCCAGCGUAGC